GGCUCCGGGGGCCCCGGGCACCCCAGAGGCCAGCUCUUCCUGGUCGCGAGCCAAGCGCCGGGAGGCCGCCGCGGAGGGCGGGGAGGAGGGAGCCCGUCCUCCCGGGAGCCGAUUGCAAGCAGGGACAGUCGGGGCGCGCGCAGGCUGGAGAGUGGAACUGAGGGACGAGAGGGUGGAGCGGAGUGCGUGGCGGGCGGGUCCCCCAAAGCUCGAGGAGUCGCCUCGAAGCCCGCGCGCGCGCGCUUGCCUCCCGCGCGCCGACCCGGGCUGAACUAACCAGCUCUGCUUUGGAGAAGGGGGCUGGAGCCCCGCCACCGGCGCCUUGGGGCAACGGCCGUCGAGCAGCUGGUGCUGGCCGCCCGAGCCGGGAGGGCGACUCUCGCCGGGCGGGGAUGGUGGACGAGCCGGCGGGGACUCGCCUGUGCGCCGCCGCCGCCACUCGGCCGGGCGCUGCCCGCCAGGGGGCGACGCCACGCGGGGUCCGCAGCCGGCGACCCGCAGCGAAGAGGCGGCGGGGGCCUUAGGGGAGCCAGCCGGGCCCCCAGGGAGCUCCUCCGGCCCCCAGAGGCUCCCGAGUCCACCUUCCGACGAGUUGGGAGACGAGCGUCCCACGUUUGCUAUGUUGCCCUUUGGAGACAAAACGAGAGAAAUGGUCAACGCAUGGUUUUCAGAGAGAGUUCACACCAUCCCAGUAUGCAAGGAAGGCAUCCGAGCCCACAGCGAGUCUUGCUCCUGCCCUUCGCAGCCAAGUCCUCAUGCAGAGACCACCACCCCUGCAGCCCCAGCCAGGAAAAUCUCUGCCUCAGAAUUUGACAGGCCUCUUAGACCCAUUGUUGUCAAGGAUUCCGAGGGAACUGUCAGCUUUCUCUCCGACUCAGGAACAAAGGAACAGAUGCCACUAACCCCCCCAAGAUUUGAUAGUGAUGAAGGGGACCAGUGCUCCAGACUCUUGGAAUUAGUAAAAGAUAUUUCCAGUCACUUGGAUGUCACAGCCUUAUGUCACAAAAUUUUCUUGCAUAUCCAUGGACUCAUCUCCGCCGACCGCUAUUCCCUAUUCCUUGUCUGUGAGGACAGCUCCAAAGACAAAUUUCUGGUCAGCCGCCUCUUUGAUGUCGCUGAAGGUUCGACCCUGGAGGAAGCUUCCAAUAACUGUAUCCGCCUGGAGUGGAACAAAGGCAUUGUGGGACAUGUGGCAGCUUUUGGCGAGCCCUUGAAUAUCAAAGAUGCCUAUGAGGAUCCUCGGUUCAAUGCAGAAGUUGACCAAAUUACAGGGUACAGGACACAAAGUAUUCUUUGUAUGCCAAUUAAGAACCACAGAGAAGAGGUUGUUGGUGUGGCCCAGGCCAUCAACAAGAAGUCAGGAAAUGGUGGGACGUUCACCGAAAAAGAUGAAAAGGACUUUGCUGCCUAUUUGGCAUUUUGUGGUAUUGUCCUUCACAACGCUCAGCUCUAUGAAACGUCACUGCUGGAGAACAAAAGAAAUCAGGUGUUGCUCGACCUUGCUAGCUUAAUUUUCGAAGAGCAGCAGUCAUUGGAAGUAAUUCUGCAGAAAAUAGCUGCCACCAUUAUCUCCUUCAUGCAGGUGCAGAAGUGCACCAUAUUCAUCGUGGAUGAGGACUGCUCUGAUUCCUUCUCUAGUGUGUUCCACAUGGAGUGUGAGGAACUAGGAAAAUCAGCUGACACUUUAACAAGGGAGCAUGAUGCAAACAAAAUCAAUUACAUGUAUGCUCAGUAUGUCAAAAACACGAUGGAGCCACUUAAUAUCCCUGAUGUCGCUAAGGACAAAAGAUUUCCCUGGACAAAUGAAAACACGGGCAGUGUAAACACGCAGCACACUGGAAGUUUGCUUUGCACACCUAUAAAAAAUGGGAAGAAGAACAAAGUCAUAGGGGUUUGCCAACUUGUCAAUAAGAUGGAGGAGAAUACCGGCAAGAUUAAACCUUUCAACCAAAACGAUGAACAGUUUCUGGAAGCUUUUGUUAUCUUCUGUGGCUUGGGGAUCCAGAACACCCAGAUGUAUGAAGCGGUGGAGAGAGCCAUGGCCAAGCAAAUGGUGACAUUGGAGGUCCUGUCCUAUCACGCCUCAGCAGCCGAGGAAGAAACGAGAGAGCUCCAGGCUUUAGCGGCUGCUGUGGUACCAUCUGCCCAAACCCUUAGAAUUACGGACUUCAGCUUCAGUGACUUUGAGCUAUCUGACCUGGAAACAGCACUGUGUACCAUUCGGAUGUUCACCGACCUCAACCUUGUGCAGAACUUCCAGAUGAAACAUGAGGUUCUUUGCAGAUGGAUUUUAAGUGUCAAGAAGAAUUAUCGGAAGAACGUUGCCUAUCACAAUUGGAGGCAUGCUUUUAACACGGCACAGUGCAUGUUUGCUGCCCUGAAAUCAGGCAAGAUUCAGAACAAGUUGACGGAUCUAGAGACACUUGCGUUGCUGAUUGCUGCUUUAAGUCAUGAUUUGGAUCAUCGCGGUGUGAACAACUCAUACAUACAGCGGAGUGAACAUCCGCUGGCCCAGCUGUAUUGCCACUCCAUCAUGGAACACCAUCAUUUCGAUCAGUGUUUGAUGAUUCUAAAUAGCCCAGGCAACCAGAUUCUCAGUGGCCUCUCCAUUGAAGAAUAUAAGACCACCCUGAAAAUAAUCAAGCAAGCCAUUUUAGCUACAGACCUAGCACUGUACAUUAAGAGACGAGGAGAAUUUUUUGAACUUAUAAGAAAAAAUCAAUUCAGCUUUGAAGAUCCUCUUCAAAAGGAGUUAUUUCUAGCAAUGCUGAUGACUGCCUGUGAUCUUUCUGCGAUUACGAAGCCCUGGCCUAUUCAACAACGGAUAGCAGAACUUGUGGCAGCUGAGUUCUUCGAUCAAGGGGACAGAGAGAGAAAAGAACUCAACAUCGAGCCUGCUGAUCUAAUGAACAGGGAGAAGAAAAAUAAAAUCCCAAGUAUGCAAGUUGGGUUCAUAGAUGCCAUCUGCUUGCAGCUGUAUGAGGCCCUGACGCACGUUUCGGAGGACUGUUUGCCCUUGCUGGAUGGCUGCAGGAAGAACAGACAGAAAUGGCAGGCCCUGGCAGAGCAGCAGGAGAAGACGCUCAUUAACGGAGAGAGCAGCCAGGCCAAGCGAGACUGACAGCGUCCCCUGUGAGCGGACGGGCCCAGGCCUGGCUUCUCCGCACACUACGCAUAUUUGUGUGCACUUUGCCAUUGCUGUGUUUUGUUUUUGCACAACUUUUGAGAGCAUAGCAUGAAGUGUUUUAGAGAUUGCUGCCUACUGUCUGUAAUUGGUUCUUUUGCCACUGAAGUGAAAUGAUUAGUCAUAUUCACUUUUAACACAUUGAUAAGACUGGUGUAAAUGGCGUCCCUACAGUCAGCUCGGUUUCGCUUGGGGAUUAUAAAUAACCGCCUUUGUGUUUCUGAGUCACCAGUCUUUCAAACAUGUUAGGAAUCUUUCUCAAAAGUAGGUUAGAGGCCAAUUGAAUAUGUUCUGGGGCAUUUAAAGCCGUCACGAGGUGAACGUUGACUGAGUGGCUUGUAGGGAGAGAUGAAUAUAAAGUGUCUUAACGAAGUAAGAUGUGGAGAAGCAGGAAAAUGUGGUACCUAAUUGCUCUGUUCUUCCUGUGAUGGGGACAACUUGCAGGACAUCCCACCCGUGUGGCAGAGCCAACAACGCUACAGCCAGUCCACGUAGCAGCCCCUCAGCACACGGUCUCAGAACCCCACCUAAAGCCCAGGGCCAGACGAUUCCCCCACCGGCCUUCCCAAGAGAGAGUGUGCGCCAGAUGUAGGAGGGCCCGGAAGAGCCCUCAGCCAAGAGAAAUACUUCCCUAGAAGAUCUUCCUGACAAUCUGCAUUUUAAAUACUGAAAACUUGAAAAACGAUUUUUUAAAGCUUUUCGUCGCCUCAAUCCAACAAUUUCAGUUUCAGCAGAGGAGAGGUCGCAGGAGCACGGCCUGAAGUCAGACGGGACUAAACAUGUGGAGGAGCAGAGUUAGCCUUUACUCCUCUGCCAGGUUUGCAGGAGGAGAAAAUAAUUCCAUGAACAGCAGAGGUUUGUCUCUAAAAGGGAGCUCAGACAGUGAAUUCAAAGGAACAGUGUGUGAAAUUCUCCUGUCCGAAUAAAAACGACCUUCAGUAUUGGAGGCAGAUAGUGAAUCCAGUCGAGCAGCUGGAUUAGCUCCGAGUGUACAGAACUGUUUGGCUUUGGGGAGAAUUAGAGGGAUCUGAUUUAUUAAUUUCCACCCUUUUCCCACUUCUCCCAAGGUGGGUGAUGUAUUUGAUCUGGGUUUAAAACAUUAAUUUGGAUUGAAAUGGUUUCUUUUACUUUUCCUCUUUGCUUACAAUUCAACAUGUUCACUUUUGAUCCUGUGUAUGACUAUUUUAUUGUGGCUUUGUUCUUACUCAGCUACAAAAAGGCAAAGCAAGUUAGAUUAGCAUUGCCUUGUACUGAUGAAAGCUAAUCCAGGGAGCUGCCAUCCGAUGCUAAUUGUAUUAUUGUUGUAAUACUGGUAUUUUCAGAAUAUUCUUUUAUGUGUUUCUCAUGUCAUAUAGAUGCAAUCUGUAAGAUUGCCUCUAAUGCACUGGUGUGUAAAUUACACAGACUGUCACUAAUAAUAGUCAUAUCAGCAUACCAGAUCUACCAAUGCACAUAUCAUAAUUCCUGAGUGUAGACACGUGCUUAGAGAACAUUCUCCUAGCCCAGCAUUGUGACUGAGCAGGCACACUGAAAUACAGUCAUAUACGUUUGUAGCUUACGUCACUGAGAAUAUUUUUAAAGAUGACAUUGUGUGUGGAGGAUUUGUCUGUCGUGUGAACAAGCAAGAAGUCAGGUUGGAAAUGAUUUGGUUUGCUUUAGGUAAUGGUUUAUCUUACCUGCUAGUAUAGACAUUAAAAUAGGAAGUGGCGCCAUGCCCGUGUCAUGUGAUUGCUGGAUACUUUAGUGCAUACAGAAGAGAGUUCUAUUUUAUUCAAAUAAUUUUUAUUUUAUAGGAAAACCAUUCCAUACAUGGAUUUCUGUCUGUGGUACAAGAACACACAUCAUAGUUUCUGUUCUGAAUGUGAAUAUUUCCUUUCAGGUAUCCUCUCAAGUUGGAAUAUAUUUAUUAUAUUAUAUUGUUAUAAUCUCUCCCUUAUGCUACCGUGUGUUGAUAUUGCCUGUAAUGAACAAGACAUUGUUCUUGUCCUAGCCUGUUUGUUUGGUUAAUUGCUUGGCUGGCUGUAGUAAAAUAAUAUGAUAACAUUUCAUUUUAAUUUUUAGCCAGAAAAAUCCCUGUGUUUUGUUAACUUGUCUAUAAAGUUUUCUGAUCUUAUAUGUUCAGAGGAUUCGCCUUUGCUGGUCAUGAUACUAUGUGAAUGUGUAUAAGUCAGUUAACCUCUGCCUCUAAGGAAGCUGUGUUCCUAAUGUAGUUAGAUUUGGACAAAGCCCACGUUUGAGGGGAACGUCACAGGAGGCAGCUAGUUAGCCCCUAAGCCUUCCUUAUGGGCCUUUGAGACCACUGCUGGAAACAGGGUAUUGAGGUAAAGAAGUGACCUAAUCCCACAGGUUAUUUCUGAUGUUGAGUUCCUUAGACGGGAGCAUUUGACCCACUCCACACAGACCUGGCUCGGAGCGUAAACCCGAUGCUGCUUUGUCACUGGUUAGUUAUGAAGAAGAGUUUCUGUUAGUAGCAGCACGGAGAAACGGAUGUAUAUGGAAAUGUACAGGAAAUAUUGGUUUCUUGGAGGAACGAGGAACUUGAAUCCCAGGCAAUUUUGCCUACCAGUGAAGUGCCUUUACUCUCAGAAUGUUGCAGAAAUGUGAGGCUUGGCACCUACUACAUUUCCAAUUGUUCUGUGGUUUUCACUAGAUUACACUCCUAAACUGUAGCAGGUAAACAGCGAAGCCUUUUUUUUUUUUUUUUUUUAAACCUGAUUUAAGAUGGAAAGACAAAAUGUUCCCCUGCAAGACAAAAUGUUCCCCUGCUCUCCGGUAAACAGCUGUGUCAAAUAAGGUGGUAGGACUUAGUUCCUCGGUGUCAACCAUGCGUCCGCCCAUCUUUCAUUAAGUCCUCUCUGUGUGUUGGGUACAGUGUUCAGCGGCUGAGACAGGGCAGUAACUCCACAGAGCUCACGGCUGGGCAGGAAAUAACUAAGAGCAUCGUUUCUCUUUCUCCCAACUUGACAUGCAAACAUUGAGGGCAACCAUCACUUUCCUGUUCAUCUGUAAGAUACAUACUAUGCACUUUUAUCCAAAAUUUCUAAAUAUGUUAGUGAACGGCCUGUCUUGCUAUCAGCAUGGAUCUUUUACCUUGCUGAUAGCUUGACGAACACCUUAGGUAAGGAGUCCCAUCUUCUGUGACGCAGAUGAUGUUUCCAUAUUCCAGCCAGGGAGAGAGGGGUCAGAGUUCGUGUGGACUAUUCAACUGCAGAUUCGAACCCCUUCCGCCCUCUUCCAGAGAGCCAAGAGGGAAGUACUAAAGCUUACCUCACGGCUCCUCAUUCUUAUCAAAAGCCUGUGUAGACAUGUCUUGAAUGUUGUUGAAAGUGAUGUACAUAGCUGAAAAUAGAAAUUUCUAUAACAUUUUAAGAACUCCAACGAACCAUCACUCGCCACUGUUGAUAUCUAUUUCUUAUGCCUUUUCACUAUAUCUGAACAAAUAUAUAGUUUCUGGCACUAUUUUUAUACUAGCAUAAAAGAGUUACUAUGUAAAUUACGUUUUGUUGCGAAGUCCUUUAAAAUGAUCGAAAUGUUGGUUUCUUUUCUUUCCUCUCACCACACCGAAAACCAUUUCCAACGAUCCUUUUGUGGGAGGGUGGGUCACUCCACAGAAGCACUUGCCCGCCCACCCCGGGUCCUGUGAAGUCAGACAUGGCCAUGGUGGUCUGCCGUUGUGAAAAGUCACCACAUGUCUGGGGUUUUCUCGUUUUGCAGUGCUGUAACAAUAAAAUGAACGAACAAGGA